AUGAGCCAAGCUCCCAUUUUUAGCAGAAAGCAGGAGCCGAACCAAGCUCACCUCUCCUUGAAGACAGGACCUCUACCGGUUGAGCCAAACUCUUCUUUUAUUGUCAACCAUUUCCGGAAGAAACCCGGACAGGAGCUGAACCAAGCUCACGAUGAGGAAAAACAAGACUUCUACCGGUUGAGCCAAGCUCCCAUUUUCUGAAGAAAACUGGAGCCGAACCAAGCUCAUCUCUUCUUGAAGACAAGACCUCUACCGGUUAACCAAACUCUUCUUUUAUAGUCAACCAUUUUCCGGAAGAAACACGAACAGGAGUUGAACCAAGCUCACGAUGAGGAAAAACAAGACUUCUACCGGUUGAGCCAAGCUCCCAUUUUCUGAAGAAAACUGGAGCCGAACCAAGCUCAUCUCUUCUUGAAGACAGGACCUCUACCGGUUAACCAAACUCUUCUUUUAUAGUCAACCAUUUUCCGGAAGAAACACGAACAGGAGUUGAACCAAGCUCACGAUGAGGAAAAACAAGACUUCUACCGGUUGAGCCAAGCUCCCAUUUUCUGAAGGAAACACUAACCGGAACUGAAUCAAGUUCACCUUUUCUUGAAGGCAGGACUCCUACCGGCCGACCCAUGCUUGCAAUAACCACCAUGCAGCUGUCGAACCUCUCAGCCACUUCACAAGACCUCCAAACGGCUAUUUCAUCUCCCGGGAGAACCCCCAGGAAACCCCCUCCACACCAAAUGGUCUGCGCCUAUUUGCCAAGCUCGCCCCGUCUCGGCAGACGAAUAAGCCAGUAUUUGCCCCGGCGAACACGGCCGUUGAUUCCAUUAACUGCCGAACGUCUGCCGCUUUGUCUACCAUUUGUUCUUUUUUGAUGAUUUGGUGGUCUUUUUGAUUUUAUUUUGAGGUUUUUGAGAGGUUUGAUGGUCUCGAAGUUAGCCUUUACCGUCACUUUUUGCCACAACUUCCAAAGAUUUUGAGCUUUUUGCAAAAAUUUCACCCAGUUUUCUAAGCUUCCUGGUUGAUUUUGAGCGAUUUAGGCAAAUUUGAAGUUCAUUUAGUCUAUCAAUUUUUGGACUAAUUUAGGUCAUUUUUGAAAUUUUUGAACUUUUCUGGAAGAUUUUCGGUUAUCUUUUCCAAGUUUUCUGAGCUCCUUGGUUGAUUUAAUAAUAUUCGAGCCGAUUUUUAGCUUCUUGGAAAUUUGAAGAUAGUUCCAGUAUCCUUUCUAGAUCUUCUAAGUCUUCUUUGUAGCCAAGGUUUCAUUAACUUUCGACGGUUCUUCAGCUUUUUCUUUCAAUUUCGACGCCUUCUAUUGUUCUUUGACACUAGGAAAUUCCUUUCUUCUUUUGUAGCAAUUUUUAUGAGACAUUUGGAGGUUCUUUAGUGUUUCAGAGCGUUUCCUAACCGUCUGGAAGUUCUAAAGAUCAAGUUUGCUGCUUUUGCCAAUGAAAAAAAAGUUUUUUUGAGAUUUUUGAGUUCUUGAGUUUUUAAGGCGAAUUUUUUUCUAACCCGUUCUUCACUUUUUUUAAGGUUCUAUUAGCUCCAUAUUUGUUCUUUUUAAAAAAAUUUCCUACAGGUUAGAAUUUUUCAAAAUGUCAUUUUACUUCUCAUGAACCUUCAAAAAUUCGUCAAAGACCUUUUUUUAAUCAUCCUUUGAAUAAAGUGCAGGGCGUAUGCACUAUGCAGGUUCUCAAGUAUUUUAGACACCUCAAUUAUUUCCUAAAUUCUUGGUCUUUGUUCCGAAAAAGGUCAGGUUCGAAGUGAGAUGGGAAUUCUCACGCACUUUCGAGAAGGUCAAAUUUUAGGGUUUAGAUAUUUUUAGAAGCUUCGGAAUUUUUAUAUAAGGGCUCUUAAUAAGAAUUUCUUACAUGUUUUUGAAUUUCAUUAUCCUGAGGGACUCCUAGAAACUGUUUUCUCACAAAAAAGUCAAGUCGGAAGACUUCUGAUGACCUGAAAAGCUCAACUGAAUCUCAUUUAUCUCACGUAAACGAUUUUUUUUUUUUCGUUUUUCUUAUUUUUAAAAUUCUGAAGUUAUCAUCUUUUUCUCCUGAUUGAGCCGGAACCAUUUUGAGGUCUUUAACCACCGGAAAAACGUUAGAUAACUCUUCGGACCCUGAAAAAUUCGUGGAUUUUCGAUUGAAGAAACUUCGAAAAGUUCUAUCUUUUUGAAAGAUCAAGCUGCAAUCACUAACCCCUUGUGAAGCCUUAAAAUCCAAAAGUUCGAUUCCAAAAAUCUGAAAGAACUUCUGGAUGCUCUAUCCCAUCAAAAAGAUCAAGCCGGAAGAGUUUUGAAGCUUCGAACCUCUUGAAAAUCGUUGUAUAAUCCUUAGAAUCCUAGGAAAUUCAUGGUUUGUAGAUUCAAGCAACAUCGGAAAGCUUUUUUUAAAAAAUCGAAAGAGACUUCUGAAGACUCCCAACACCUUGUGGAGCCUUGAAAUCCAAAAGUUCGGUUUCUGAAGUCUGAAAGAACUUCUGAAAGCUCUAUCAAGCCGGAAGACUUCUAAAGACCCUACAACUAAUCCCUUGUGGACCAUCACUGCCGCCAAAAAAAAAAAGAAGGUGACACAUGACCGAACAAUUUUGGUGCUAGCCUCUGCGUGUAAGUGUCCUGUGUGUGUGUGUGACAUGCGGCGUCGGGGGUCGUCUCCUGGGGAUCCGAAAAAGGGGGGCACCAACACUUUGCUUCUUUCAAAUUGGGGGUGCACCAUCAUCGCCGUCUGCUCCAACCGAAACGAGAGGGAGAAAGGAAAUUAUACACCCAUUUGACGACGUGAAUAACUGCCUCGUGUUGGCCGCCCUUCUGAAAUUGAGAGCUCGGUAUCGAUUUUUCUGAAUUCUGACGCUUAAAGUUCACUUUCCCUGGGAGAAAUGAAGAAUUUAAAGUUUUGGAAGGUACCUUUGAGUUUGACAAGCAGGUCUAGCCCCAAAAAUUGAGCUUACCCGUUCGAAAAUAUUCUUAUUUUCCCUCAGAACGGCUAUAGAAGAGCUCCAGCUUCUCAUAUCUCACUUAGUUAGGAUCAUAUUUCCCAUUCCUGAACUUUAAGAGGUCAAGGAAGCUGUACUAAAAAUAAGAAAGGAUAACUUUUCUGCAUUUUUGAGCUUGGGAAUCGAGAAAUUUACAUUCUUGAACCAUGUCACUCUUCAUUUUGAUUUUUUUUCAAGGAAGCAUCAAAAAAGGACAUCAAUCUUCUUAUGAUUUUCAAGGAAGAAAAAUGAGCUGACCUGAAAUUCUUAGGGAAAAUCCCGGAAAUUAGCGUAACAUUGGCCUGGCUCCCCCUCAACAGAGUGGAAUUGUAAAAGCCGAUGACCGAUGGGUGUUAAUCCUCCCCCCCUCCUUAUUUCUCUGCCCUCGUCUCUCUAACGAAGGCCACGCCGUCGAGCUCUUCUUCUUCUUCUUCUUAGCAUCAGGGUGCGCGGCCACGCCUCCCCCCCCGUCGUCUGCGUCUCGCGACCUCGCUCGGAACGUCCACUCUUCAGUGGCUCUUUCUUCCCAUGUCUGCGUCUCGCCGACGAGAGAUGGCCGGGACGGCCGGCCGUCCGACCGCUGGCAGAUAUUGGCGUCUUUCCCACGACGCGUUUCGUUUCGGACGGAUUUUGUGCCUUUUCCAUCGGUUAUGUGCUUUAUUGGUUAGGUAGUCUAGGCUUGUUCUGA